AUGGCGGAAGAUCAAGGUGUCAAGACUACCCACAUGGCGAUUGUCCUAGGGAUUGGUUUGGGAGUUGUGAUGCUAAUUGUCAUGAGUCUAAUCCUGAGUAUUCUCAUCAAUCGGCGCGAUCGUCGGACGGUCUCGCGAUCCUCCAAAAAUACAGACGAGAGACUCCGCAGUCUGGACGCCGUCUCACCGACGCGCACCCUGGAGGAAUGGUGGGCGACCACAAAGGGCAGUCUUGGUCUGCCCGAAGCAGUGGACGGUCAUUUUGUGUGUGCUGUGUGUCUCGACGAGGUCAAACGCACGGAAGAGAUCCGUGAAUUGCAGUGUCUGCAUGUCUUUCACCGAGAAUGUCUAGAAACAUGGUAUCUGGGGGAUCAUUUCAACUGCCCGCUGUGCCACCGCGAGUAUUAUGUGCCCAAGAGUCCGCGAAGACUCGACUAUCUGUGGAUGGUAUGA